UUGGAUUAUUUCCAGGAUGGGUGAGACGGCCCCCGACACACAGCUCCACCUGAGAUGGCACUCACACGCCACCACCUUCACCACCAUGCUCUCGGAACUCCACCACGGCAGAGCGUAUACAGACGUCUCCCUCGUGUGCGACGGGGGCAUCGUCAGGGCCCACCGUGCGAUUCUUUCCCUCUGUUCGCCGUACUUAGCGGUCGUGUUAGGAGCGUGUCCAGACACCGAUGCGCCUCUGCUACUUCCUGAAGUACCAGUGCAAGACGUGCUCUACCUUGUGUCUUUCAUUUACCGCGGACAGGUCGAUGUCCAUCAGCAACACAUUGCCUCGUUCCUCAACACAGCGAAGCAGUUGCAUGUUUUAGGGCUCGAGGAAGGAGACAGACUUGUUGAUUCUCCAAGUAAAUCUGAGGGCAGUUCAAGCACGUCUGGAAGUGAGGCGGGAGACGAGCCCAAUACCACGUCCUUCAUCAACGGAAAUAAUAACAAUGAAAAUGAGGAUGAGGAAGCGGAGGCCGAGGACGAAGAAGAGGAAGACGAUGAGGAGAUGGGCGAGUCCAUUGAUGUCAUAAAGCAUGAACUGAGUGUCAAGGAAGAGCCCUGUGAAAAUAGUGACGUGACUGCAGACGUAACUCCCGAUGGAAGAAUCGACUUGAAUUUCUACCUUCAGCAGGCCAUUCAGAGUGCUUCCAUGCCCUGCCCUCUCUGUAAAAAGGAAUUCAAGAGCCAGUCGGGCUUGAGGGACCACAUCCGGUUACACACAGGAGAAAGGCCUUUCGAGUGCGAAUUCUGCCAGAUGAACUUUGCCCGUGCAUCCCACCUCAAGCGACACAGACGCAUGCACACAGGAGAAAAGCCCUUCAUGUGCCGGAUCUGCGGAAAGGACUUCUCACGAGGGGACAAGCUCAAGGACCACUUACGACGACACGAGGCAGAGGACAAGCUCAACAAAAUCAGAAAGCAGAUCUACCACCCUGAGGAUGGUACUGCCGAAACCGAGACAGAAGGCAGCGUGGCGACAGUUAAUGCCUCCCCGCAAGUCCUGACCCCAAAGUCGAACAACACGCCCCCAGACUCUGCGCCGAUGCCUCCUGCCAAGAGGCCACGUGGUCGACCUCCCAAAAAUUCUCAAGCACACGCUCAGUACCAGCAAGCGAUGAGUCAGGUCCCUUCCAUGCUUGUGCCCCAGAGUGAAAGCUAUAUGCCACACAUGCUCGGAGUCACAAGCAUUGGGGAGUGUAUACUUCGACCCAUAAACUGAUGGCCAUAUUCCAGGAAGUGUCAGAGGUCGUAGGAAUGGAGGAAAGUUCUCAUGAGACUAGGAAAAAAGAAGUGAAAUACAGAAAGAACGGCAUACAUACAGCUUUGCUUCUAUACAGCUAGACUGGGUUGUGGAGAGACUUUUGCAAGGGAAGAGUUAAUGAUUACAAUAAUGGUCUGAAAUUUUGGGGUUAAUGGGAAAACUUACUUAAGGCAGAUACUCAAAAGAUAUGUAUAUUUUUGUGAUCAUAUUUAUUUGUAUUUGUUAUUAUUAUUUUUUUAUAUAUAUAUUUCUAAAACAUGUUCUUUCUUUUUGUUAUUUGUGGAAGUUGCAGCAGUUUAUCAUUCUCAGAAUGAAGGUAAAGGAGAGAUUUUACUGUUAGAUGGCACAGAAUAGCAUUGGUUACUUUAGUAUUAUUAUCCAUGUAAAACUAUUUGGCUUUUGUAUGAUUCUCCUUUCACUCACUUAGUGCUAUAUUAUAGGAUUUAUUUUAUUUAACUUACAAAUGUUACCAAGCAAUGUAGAUAGGUUGCAAGACUGCUAGCUCACAAUGUAUUUUGUACCAUAUUGUCAUAAAUAUUUCAGCUUUUCACAUCUCUUCAGACAGGAAGGAGAAAUCAGUGCUAUGAAUGGGCUCAGUUCUCUUAUGUUCUGAAUUACUUUCCAGGCUUUAUUCCUAAAGAAAGGAGAGUUUAGGUGGACUAAGAUGCAUUGUAGGAUUAUGUGCCGAUCAUUUCAUUAACAUCUUUUCUAAUCUGUGUCAUAUCUUUUUGUAUUAUUGUUAUUGUGAAUACUGUAACCCAGUCAAUUUUUCUGCUCUUCCACAUCUUAUAUGCAGAGACUACUUGUCUUUCACAGCUCUCACCAUUUGAACCCGGGAAAUGUGACACACGUCAUUUGCUGAAAGAAUAUCACAUUUGCAUUUUGUGUUUUGAGGAACAGAUUUUACUUAUCUGAAACUUUCAGUUCUUGUCAGUUCUGGGGGUUAACUAUGAAACGAAGUGUGUCUUGUUGGUAGAGCUCUCGAUAAGGUCUUGAAUACAAUCAUGAAGUUGACUAAGUGUUCUCAAAAAAGGCCCCAUUGUAUUGUGAAUUUAAAGGGUACCCUUUUUUCAAUGAGUUCUAACAGUCAGAUAUUUAAGUUUGUUUGUUUGUUUUUGUUUAAUUAGGCACAAAUAAUCUUGUUUUUCUUUUUUUUUUUUUUUAUAAAUGAUGUAAAACCAGUUUGAGUACGAGCACACGCAUCCCAAGUUGGACACUUGAGAGUGUGUUACGGAGAUGAAAACCUGACAAUGAGUAUUUAAGUUAAGUGGAAUCAUUUGAUGGCAUAUUUUAUUCAUUUUACUUCUGUUUUCAUCAUUUCUAUAGCAUGCAUUUCAUCUAACUGCUAAGAUCACAUCAUCACACCCAAAAAAAACAAAAAAUCAUUUAUCAUAAUUUCAGAAUUAACUUUGUAUCUAUUGAUAAAUAUCACAUGUACAGUAGGCUAAUUAUAGUAUAAGACAGCAACGCACUUGCAAUGGGGGAAAUCCUCUCUAUUUUUGGUAAGGAAGAGAUGAGACAGUGUUGCCAAGUAGACUUACCGUUGCCUUUCUAAGCUGUGAACACCGUUCCUUUUUUUGCCUUAAAGUCUUUCCGCGAGAAAUGGCAAUUGUGUAAGUUGUUUUGCCAAACAUUGGUAUUUGAUUUGAGGAUGUUGUUGCAGAGGAAAAAUGGUAUAUACUUACUCCCUUCUGUUAACAUUAUGAGUGAUUUCAUUUAUUAAUUUUUUUAUAUGUAUUUCAUUUUCUUUUUGCUUUUUAUUUUUUUCUUUCCAAACUUUGAACACAUUUAGUUAAUACUCUCUUCCUCUUUGCAAAAUAUAUAUAAUUACUUUUUUCUCUUGCUUCUCCCAGUGUCUCAGUAUUUUUUUGUACAUAAAGGGGAACAGAAAAAGCCAAAAUCUAUCAUCGUUCACAUGAUUAUUCAGAAAAAAUUUAUGUAUAUGUGCGAGUGAGAAAAAUAUUUUUGACAAUUUUGAGUUCACUGUGUAAAUGAAUGAGAGUGAAUAAUUCCUUAAAGUAUGGUAUGUAAUUGAUGUGUCAGUUUUUACAUAUUGAUGAGGAUUAAGGUUUAAAAUUGAAAUAGUGAUGCAUCUUUUGGAAUUUUACGGUCGUAAUUCAUGCCUUUUCGUAAUUUUUAAUCAUAGUCUAUACCCCUUUUCAAAUUUUUCAGUCAUAAUCCAUACCUUUUUCUAAUUUUUCAAUCACAAUUCAUAAAUUUUUCUGAUUUCCAGUCUUAUUAUAAUGUUUUAUAUACUCUUGUAUUUCAAACCUUUUUCUGUAGUUAUACUUUCUUUUUAUUCAAAUUUUUCGAUCGUAAGUCAUACCUUCUUUUUUUUAACGUAAUUUAUAUUUUCUCACUUUCCAAAAGAAACGCAAAUGAAAUGGAGUCGUCUAUACCAUGUUCGGUGAAGAGGUAUUUUGUAUUUACAAGAUUUACGACAUUGCAUUGCAGAUUGCAGAAAGAGUAGCUUUAUUUGAUGAAUCGUAUGUAAAUGAGUUAGUAAUUUAAUAUUUUCUUAGUAUUAUGAGUUUGUUUUUUAUUUGUUUAUUAAUUGGGAGUAGAUUUUUGUUUUAUUUGUUUAUUAUUUUGUAGUAGAUUUUUGUUUUAUUUUGUUCAUUUUUUAUGACAGUAUUCUUUAGUUCAUUAUUAUAUUAAUCUUAUAAUUUUUUCCUUUUUUAUUGAUUUAGUGUUAGUCAUUAUUACCAUUAUUAUUUUAAUAAUAAUUUUCCUUAUUGUUAUAAUAAACAUUGUUUAUUUGCAUCAUUAAUUUUAUCCAUAGAGAGAAAAAGAAUCGAAGUAAAUUCAACAUGAAAUAUACAAUUAGCAUCCAGUCUUAAAUUUUAUAUAUUAAUACGGCAAUUCACACGUCCGGUCCUCAAAUGGCAGACACACAAGUUCAGGGUAUGGUUGUAUUACAAAAAAAAAAAAAAAAAAAAAAAAAAAAGGAAAGAAAAAUAUGUACAUCGAGAUCUGAAAUGCUGUAAUUGUGAUGAAUAUUCAAUGUGAUGUAUUUUCAUUGAAGGUUACUGUGUUUUUUUUUUGUUUUUGAGGCGAAAAUAUGCUUGAAGGGAGGAUGAUUGACGGCAGGGUGACAGAUCGGUGAUGUUAAUGAAUUGGUAUGUAGUGAUGUUCCUCGGACGUGUUGCAUGCACCCAGUCAUCAUCAACUUGUCAAGUGUAUCUUUACGCCCUUAAAAUAAACAAAGUAUAUCAAGAUAUGGAUUACUAAAUAUUAGCGCUUAGUAUGUCACAAAUGCUUAUUCUCUUUAAGUUUUUAUUGGCCUUCGUGAUAGCUAUAUUACAUUGCGGAUUACAUUCAGUAGAGUAACCGAAAGAAUCAACAUGAUUGUGAUACUACUUGUAAAUACGGGAAAAAUAAUUUUUUUAUACAAUGUGAAAAGCGUGGGGCAAAUUGAGAAAAUUGAACGUUCGUGAGUGUACAGUUCGAAUUUUCACUGUGGAUUGGCUCUGAGCGAUCAGUUCCAAUCUACAGUUAAUAUCUUGUGGGUUGACGUGCUAAGGUCUUCGGCAAGAUUAACCUGGACAGUGAUAAUAUUUCUCUUUUGUGUAUGUGUCAAUAGCCAGCCAUUCCAAAAAGACUUUCAUGUGCCUUGUAAUUUUAAAAGAUUAUAUGGCUUUUUUCUGAUAUCAAUAUAUUUUUGAUAAAAAGUGUGGGCCAUCGGAAAAGAUGGUCCCAGUCUAGUUCAAAGGUAUUAUUGUUGAUUUGUAAAUAAACGUUUUACUCUUUU